GCGUCUAUGGUCGUCGGUGUACCCAGUCGUCAUUCUUAUUUUUCUAAAAUCGGAUUUCAAGCCGAACGUGAAUAAUCAUUGCCAUAUCAUAUGAUUUGGUUAAGUGAACAGUUUAAAUAUCCUUCAAGUUUUGUUCUUUUAUAUUUAUUAUUUUGUGACAUUUUUGUAAUAAUCUUAUAAUGGCGAUAUUAAAAAUUGACGACAUAAAAAAUGGAUGGACGACCUUUGCGUUCAAAAUCUUUCAAUUGUCCGGCAACUUUUCUUGUCUCGACACUUUUCUACUUCGUAAAUAAACAAAUUUCUGACGAAGAGUUCUGUAGAAUGGAGAUGAAUUCCCCCCACCCUUGGUCUGCUCAACGUUGGUUCCUCGAAAUAAUUCAUCGCGAAUUGAUCAAAGGCUGGCCGAAGGCACCCGAAGAUGUCCUCUGGGCCAUGUGCUCUGAGGUUGGUCUCAAAAAGUGGAAGAAAAUAAGCGCUGAUGAUAAAGAGGUUUAUUCAGUGUGAAGAUCUGGAUAAAAAGAAGGAAUCAGAAAAGAAACCAACUCCAAAGAAAGGAAAGAAAGAGAAACGGGAUCCUAAUAAACCAAAGCAAGGCAUGACAGCAUUCUUUCUCUUUAUGAACAAAAAGAGAGAGAGAUGCAUGGCGGCUAAUCCAGAUUUUUCAGUGACUGAAGUCGCUAAGGUGUUGUCUCGGCAGUGGAAGGAGAUGAGCGAGGAAAUGAAGGCACCCUACAUGCUCCAACAGGAGAAGGAUAAGAUAAGGUUCGCCAAGGAGAUGGAAAGCUACAAACAGCAGGAGAAGGAAAAGAUUAGGCUCACCAAGAUGAUGGACGCGGCGCCACAAGCAGAGUUGUGAUGAAUCAUGAGAUCUGAAUUUAUCGGCAACAAUUUUUUAAACAAUAUUACAUGAAAAAAA